GUCAUGCAUGGGCCAUGGCAUCGUUGAACUUGAACCUGAACUUGAAGUUGAAGUUGAAGUCCACAAAAGGAAAGAGCCUGGGAAGGUGCCAUGGAAAGUGGCGCAUCCAGACACGGUUAAUACACGCCCUCCGUGUGCUUCCUCACUAGGUGCCAAGAUUCGUUGAGCUUCUGCCCCAUUUUUAUCUUCCUUUCCCUUUCCUUUCCACAGGGCUGUGUCUCAGCAGAAAUUCUUGAGCCGCUCAAGCUGACAGCUUAAAGCUGUGCGCCCAGCCAGCCAGAUCUCAAACUAGGCGUUAUGGUCUUCUUUUAGCUGAACAACAAGACUGGAGAGAUGAAGAGCUGCUGCCAGGAGUCCUUGAUGGAGGGUGGUGUAAAAGGGCUACACCGUGCCUGGACCCUGCUCUCCCAGCACUUGCCCCCUGAGUUGAAAGACACACUGGUCACCCAUUGGCACCAUGCGGGAAACUCCACGUCCACCCUCCGUGACCAGCUCAAUGGACAGCUGGCGGCUCAGGAGCCCCUCAAGGUUGUCAUUGGCGUGGUGGUCGCAGUGCUCCUGUUGCAGCAGGUGCUCCAUCUGCUGAGGGCUGUGGUGACUGCCAUUCAAGAUGACGGCAUUGUUGGGUCCGUUGUGAAGGUGGCCUUCCGGGUGCUCAAGAGCCUCCCUUUCGUUGGCGCCUUCAUCCAGAAGGAGAAGGACAAGGUGGUGAGCAAGAUUACAGAGGGCUUCCAGCACUCCAGCAUCGACCGUCUGCGCGAGCUUCCGAAGGCGGGCAAGUCGCAGGAGGAGGUGCUGACGUUGCUGCAGGACAUCAAGAGCAAGGACAAGGAGUGGCAGGGCCGCUGCUCCGGAACAGUAUACAUGGGCGGCCCCGAGUAUGACGAAUACUCGCGCGUGCUCACCGCGGCGUACGGCCUCUUUGCUCACACCAACCCGCUGCACCCGGACGUCUUCCCCAGCGGGCAGCGCUUUGAGAAAGAGGUCGUCGCAAUGGGCGCGUCGCUUUUUGGGGGGGACGACCAGGUGUGCGGGAACGUGACAACGGGCGGGACGGAGAGCAUCCUGAUGGCGAUCAAGACGGCGCGCGACUACGCGCGUGCGGUCAGGGGCAUCACGCAGCCCGAGUUGGUGAUGGCCGAGUCGGCACACCCCGCGUACGACAAGGGGUGCCAUUACUUUGGCAUCAAGCUGCGGAGAGCGCGAGUGGGCCGGGACUACCGGGCGGACGUGGCCUCCAUCCGGCGCCACAUCAACGCCAACACAGUCAUGAUCGUGGCGUCUGCUCCGGGCUACCCCCACGGCACGAUCGACGACGUGGAGGCGCUCGGCCGGCUGGCCCUCAAGAAGGGCAUAUGCCUGCACGUUGACUGCUGCCUGGGCGGCUUCGUGCUCCCCUUCGCGCGCGAGCUCGGGUACCCGAUUCCGGCGUUCGACUUUUCCGUGCCCGGCGUGACGUCCAUUUCGGCGGACCUGCACAAGUACGGCCUGGCGCCCAAAGGCAACAGCCUCAUCCUCUACAGAAACAGACAGCUGCGCCGCCACCAGUUCCUUGCGGUGACUGAGUGGACGGGCGGCCUGUACGUGUCCCCGACCGCGACGGGCAGCCGCGCAGGCGGGCUCCAGGCGGCCGCGUGGGCGGCGCUGUUGCUGAACGGGCGGGAGGGGUACUUGCAAGUGACCAAGAGGAUCAUGGAGGCGGCUAAAGCCAUCCGGAAAGGCAUUGACGCGAUCGACGGCCUAUUCGUGCUUGGCGAUCCUGUGGUCACGGUCGUCGCCUUUGGCUCUCGCGAGCUGGACGUGUACAAGGUCAAUGACGUCAUGUCCGCCAAGGGCUGGAGCCUGAACGCGCUGCAACGACCGCCCAGUGUGCACAUCUGCGUCACUCUGCAACACGUGGACGUCGUGGAUGCGUUCCUGCGGGAUCUGGCAGAGGCCGUCGAGACGGUGCGGAGCUCGCCCGACAAGUUGGACCAGGGCAUGGCGCCCAUCUACGGUGCGGCAGGAAAAAUGCCGGAUCGAGGAACGGUGGGGGAUUUGCUGGUUGCGUACAUGGAUGCGGCGUGCUGACGAUCAGGAAAAAGCUGCUAGCAGACUAUCGUCAAAAGCCGAGUAUGCGAUAGAGCCAUAGUGAGAUUGAUUUUGAUUUUGUGCCUGUCGAUCUUUGGUGUACGACCGUAUGCGCUUCCAAGAGAUGAGAAACGAUAUCUUGCUAUGAGGUACAAUGUCCGUCACAUAUGAAUAGCAGGGAGCUUUUGAAGCUUGGUAAGCGCUUGAUCAGAUUCCGCACAUACAAAGAAGUUCUAUAGGGCCUACUACCUCUGGAAGUAAUUGGCUUCAGCGAUGAUUCUUGACCCGACCCGUCUCAGCGAACAUGUAAAGUAUUGAUAUGGUAGAUCAUAGAUAAACUGUCAGUAUUGGUAACAAAGUGCUAGCUCAGUCCGCCUACCCCAACCGUCCGAUCACUCUCUCAGAACUGCAUCGAACCACUCGCUUGGAGUCGGAAUGUGGCUAUAAUUCAUGCCUUUAUAGGAUCUACAGUCAGCUGCG